UUAAAGAAAAAAAAAAAAAUGCUUCCAUUCAUAAUUCGCGGAUACUUCCACAACUCCAUAUAUACACUUCCAAGUAAUUGGAAAAAUAUAUUAAACAUAAAACAAAAAAGAGGAAAAAUGUCUGUAGCCUCUCGCAUGCUAAAUACCCCUACCACCACCAGACUCUCUUCCUCACUUACCUCCUCUGCUUCAUCUCGCUCUCCUCUGUUUCUUUCUUCCAAUUUUGCCCUUCCAUCUCUUCUUCGACUGCCUCCCAUUCUUAAAUCUUCUUCCCCUCCCUUCUCGAGGGUUUUUUCGUCUUCUCUGCCCUCAACCUCCGCUACUACCUCCAUGGGUGACGCUCCAGAUGCUGGCAUGGACGCUGUCCAGAGACGCCUUAUGUUUGAGGAUGAAUGCAUUCUAGUGGAUGAGAAUGAUAAAGUCGUUGGUCAUGUCUCCAAAUAUAGCUGUCAUUUAUGGGAAAAUAUUUUGAAAGGGAACUCGUUACACAGAGCCUUUAGUGUAUUUCUCUUCAACACAAAAUAUGAGCUCCUACUUCAGCAACGCUCUGCAACAAAGGUCACAUUCCCCCUUGUGUGGACAAACACUUGCUGCAGUCAUCCUUUGUACCGUGAUUCUGAGCUUAUCGAAGAGAAUGCUCUUGGUGUGAGGAAUGCUGCACAAAGGAAGCUUUUGGAUGAGCUUGGUAUCCCUGCUGAAGAUGUUCCAGUUGAUCAGUUUACCUCAUUGGGGCGUAUACUAUACAAGGCACCUUCUGAUGGAAAGUGGGGAGAGCAUGAACUUGAUUAUCUGCUCUUCAUAGUUCGUGAUGUUAAUGUAAAUCCAAACCCUAAUGAGGUAGCUGAUAUCAAGUACGUUAACCGAGAUCAGUUGAAGGAACUAUUAAGGAAAGCAGAUGCUGGUGAGGAAGGUUUGAAGCUGUCACCAUGGUUUAGACUAGUUGUUGACAACUUCUUGUUCAAAUGGUGGGAACAUGUUGAGCAGGGGACACUCAAGGAUGUGGUUGACAUGCAAACAAUUCACAAGUUAACUUAAGAUUUUAAAGCAAAUUUGGGACAAAGUUUGAUUGUGUGGUAUCACCUGUAGCUUUAUUUAAAUAAAUUUGGUCAUUUAGGAGUUCUAAGCAAGUUAGCUUUCCGUAUCCAUUGUAACCUUCAAUAUUUUCCGAAGAGAGUUUAUUUUAGCCUGGUUAUGCUGAAUUUUGAGUUAUUACCUGAAACCAGCUGGGCAUAACGUCUUGUAUUAUAAUCUAGAAUUGGCUUUUAUGAUUUAAGAACUUAAUAAAGACUUUUAUACUUGCAUUGA